UCUCACUUUAUUCGUCAUUUGUAAUUGUGCAUCAUUCGAGAACAGUGAAGAAAAUUGUGAAAAUAUUGUUUCGAAAAUAGUUUCUAGCCUUUUUUGUUGCUUAUUUUGAAAAUGCAGUAUUUGGCCGACGGAAACUUUUGCCAAAAUUUGAAUCCUCGCAUGUUUGGGCAGCGUCCGCCGUAUUUUCCGGGCAGUGUCAGUGACCGCUCUGUGCCCAGCGUGGAUGAGAUUCUCAGGCGUGGAGAGGCCAUGCCCGGCCGCUACAUGUUUGAACGUCCUCCACCAUCGCCGCCGCAGAACUGCGCUUGGUCCUCGAGUCCACGUCGCACCGACCGCCGUGACGUGGACUUCGCCAAGGAUGAUGCCAGCUACAUGUACGCCUUCCACGGGAACCCGCCAGGAUCCCCCACUGAUCCCAGUCUCGGGGAUUACUCGAAGGAUCCUCCAAACUACGCGAACAUAUUCCGUGAAAACGUUGCAGGAGGCCGUGCCGAAAAAGGGUCUCCUACUGAUCCACGUCGCAAUGGAUCCCCCAUGGCUCGACGUCGCAAUGGAGACCCUUUAUAUGCUAUUCCAGGACUCUGUGGAUCCCCCAUGGGUCCUAUUCCAGGUCGCAGUGGAUCCCCCAUGGCUCGACGUCGCAAUGGAGACCCUUUAUAUGCUAUUCCAGGACUCUGUGGAUCCCCCAUGGGUCCUAUUCCAGGUCGCAGUGGAUCCCCUAUUGGUCCAGGUCGCUGUGGAUCCCCCAUGGGUCCUAUUCCAGGUCGCAGUGGAUCCCCCAUGGCUCGACGUCGCAAUGGAGACCCUUUAUAUGCUAUUCCAGGACUCUGUGGAUCCCCCAUGGGUCCUAUUCCAGGUCGCAGUGGAUCCCCUAUUGGUCCAGGUCGCUGUGGAUCCCCCAUGGGUCCUAUUCCAGGUCGCUGUGGAUACCCCGACUAUGCCAACAUCUUUGGCCGAAGCCCUCCAUUCGAUCCACGUCGUUGUACCCCAGAAUCGAUACAAAGCCGUCGCCUUGGCCACUGGUCGAAAUACGAAGAUAGCAGCUCCGAAAAUGAUCGUGGGAAUCGAAGGUCCCAGAAUUUCGAUUGGAGCCGCAGCUCGAAGCUACGAAGCUACGAAGGGAAUCGUAGCUCCCAGAAUCUCGAUGGGAAUCGUAGAUCCUACACUUUCGAGGGGCAUCGUAGCCCCCAGAAUUUCGAUCGGAGCCGUAGCUCCCAGGCCUUCGAAGGGAAUCGCAGCUCCCACAAUUUCGAGGGGAAUCGUAGCUCCCAAUAUCUGAACGACUCUGACGAUUACCGCAGUGGCAACGAUUCCGGGUUUAUUGAUGCUCGUCCACGCUGUGAUUCUGGACGUCGAAACUUUGGGAACUUUGGUGGAUCGAACGACGCCAGUUACGGACGAAUCCAACGGAUCGGUGGCCACAAUUUCCAGCCACUCGAAUCGUACCACCCGGAAAUGGGGCGCAAACGCCGGGCAGAGGAGUUCGAUAAGACGAGGAGCGGAAAGCGCCCGUGUCCGGAAAAGGCCGUCUUUCGCAUUGGCGGCUUCAAAUUGGACAUCGCCAGCCAUUGCGGGGGACGCCGCAGACUGCCGCAGUCGGAGGAGAUGUCCCACGCCGUGCGCUUCUUCAAGCAAUUCCCGCUCUACCGGAUUCGUGCCAAGAAGUCCCAGAUGGCGGACUCGGUCAAGUACCACUUCGUGGAGGACAGGGCCCAGGCCGACGACAAUGCCUACAUCCGGCACACCAUAGCCAAGGAGUGGGUGAAGGUCUACGCCGCGAGGAACUACCGCAGCUGGGCCAGUUGGUGGAGCGACUUCCAGGACUGCGGCCGGGACAUUGCCAAGGAGCUGGAGCGGUUCGAUGGCUUCUCGGUGAAGCGGAGCUUCGAGCCGUCCGAGGGGCCCAUUUACUCGGAGCCCUAUAUCCGCAUGGCCGUCAUCGCCCUGGAGGAGAACAACAUCACGUAUCUGAAGAACUUGCGCUACAUCUACCGCCUGAUCGACUUCAAUGUCCUGCAGAACCUGAGCGCCAACGCCUCCGGCCAUCUGCAGGACAUCAUACGCUACAUUCCGAACCACUUGUGGCGCUACAAGAUGCGCUCCUUCCUCUUCCUCUGGUCCUGGUACCGCAAGAUGGCCAACAGCAAGGCGCCCGACGGCCAGACGAACCACCAGACCAUCCUCAAGCUGUGGAACAACCCCGUGCUGCACUGGCUGGCCAAGCAGGCCUUCGACGAGAUGGUUGCCAUCAGCAAAAUCGAGUACAAGGGCUUCAAGGCGGCUCAACUCCAGGAACCACCCAAGAGCCCGCUGCCCCAGCGCCAGCCCCAGCCCCAGCCCCAGCCCCAGCCCCAGCCCCAGUCCCAGCCCCAGCCCCAGCCCCAGCCCCAGCCCCAGCCCCAGCCCCACCCGGAGGACCAGUCCUGAAUCUUUGCUUGUACUUCUGAUACCCCUAGAAUAAAUC